AUGCAAUAUUCCAUCAAGAACCUCCUUUUCGGAGCCGCUGCGCUCGCUGCUGUCGCCGCUGCCAACUCGGUGACCUUCCAAAAUCAAGACAGUGUCACCCGGACCAUUGUUUUCACUGGAUCGGAGAACAUGGCCAGCCCUGAGAAUUUCGUGCUCGAGGGUCAUGGCAUCACGAAGGUCGAAUUCCCGACUGGAUGGAUCGGUAACUGGUACGCUGUCUCUGAGGGAGCAGACAAUGUCCCCGGAAUGCUUGGAGAGGUAACUUUCGACGCCUUCAACGGCAUCACCUUUUUUGACAUCUCUGCGAUUGUCAACCCAGACGACGUAAAUAAUGUCAAGAUGUUAUACCCCGCCAACCUCGAGCUUCCUACCUCCGGCUGCCAGGACUUUCCAUGCGCCAAUGCCUACAACAAGUGGGAUGAUGUCCAAACCCAAGCUACCGCGGACCACGACCUCGUCUGCUUGUUGGGCACACUCGAGGCUCAACCUGAGCCUGAGCGCCGUCUCCGCCGUGGUUCUCGCAAGGACUCCGCCAACUAA